AUGGAUGGUGAUGAUCUAUUUGACGUUUUUGGAGAGGCUCCAGUAGCCGUUCCAGAAGUCAUAGAGAAGAAAGAGCCUUCAAAGACUGAUCAAAAGGAAAAAGAAUCAGUUUCUAAAAAACGUCAGGCAUCCGAUGAGCCUGAAGGAAGUAAAGAAAAUGGCAAGGAAUCUUCAAAAAAAAAUAAGCAAGCCUCGAAAGAGAAGUCCAAGAAAGAGAUAAAUCCCGUUGUGUUUGACUCAGUCGAAAUCGAAGCCUCAAGAGAAGUGGCUGCAUCAGAAGGUUUAAUGGCAAGUGCUGAAAAACCCGAAGGUCAAGGACAAUUGAAGUUAAGACAUCAAGUUAGACACCAAGUAGCCGUUCCUCCAGAAUUUCCUUACGUUCCAAUCUCUGAACAUAAACGUAAGGACGAGGCCAGAUCAUAUCCUUUUACGUUAGAUCCUUUCCAAGAUACAGCCAUAUCUUGUAUCGACAGAAACGAAUCAGUUUUAGUUUCUGCUCAUACUUCAGCUGGUAAAACUGUUGUUGCGGAAUAUGCCAUUGCUCAGUCUUUAAGAGAUAAACAGAGAGUCAUCUAUACUUCUCCCAUUAAAGCUUUGAGUAAUCAAAAAUAUAGAGAACUCUUAGCUGAAUUUGGAGAUGUUGGUUUGAUGACAGGUGAUGUUACAAUUAACCCAGAUGCUGGUUGUUUGGUUAUGACCACAGAAAUUUUACGUAGUAUGUUGUAUAGAGGUUCCGAAGUCAUGAGAGAAGUUGCAUGGGUUGUUUUUGAUGAAGUUCAUUAUAUGAGAGAUAAAUCCCGUGGGGUUGUUUGGGAAGAAACAAUUAUUUUAUUACCAGAUAAAGUCCAUUAUGUUUUCCUUUCUGCUACUAUCCCAAAUGCCAUGGAAUUUGCUGAAUGGAUUGUCAAAAUCCACGCUCAACCAUGUCAUGUUGUUUACACCGACUUUCGUCCUACUCCUUUGCAACAUUAUUUAUUUCCUGCAGCCGGUGAUGGUAUUCACUUGGUUGUUGAUGAAAAAGGAGUGUUCAGAGAAGAAAAUUUCCAAAAAGCUAUGGCAUCUAUUAGUGAUGCUGCAGGUGAUGAUCCUGCUUCGGCUGAAAAAAGUAAAGGUAAAAAGGGCCAAACCUAUAAAGGUGGUAACAAUGAUGGUAAAUCAGAUAUUUACAAAAUUGUGAAGAUGAUUUAUAUGAAAAGAUAUAAUCCUGUUAUCGUUUUCUCUUUCUCCAAAAGAGAUUGUGAAUCUCUUGCUUUGAAAAUGUCCAAGUUAGAUUUCAAUACUGAAGAUGAAAGAGAAGCUUUGACUAAAAUUUUCAACAAUGCAGUAAACUUAUUACCUGAAGCCGAUAAAGAAUUACCUCAAAUCAAGAAUAUCUUACCAUUAUUAAGAAGAGGUAUUGGUAUUCACCACUCAGGUCUUUUACCAAUUUUGAAGGAAAUUAUCGAAAUUUUAUUCCAAGAAGGCUUACUUAAAGUCUUAUUCGCAACUGAAACCUUCUCUAUUGGUCUUAAUAUGCCUGCUAAAACAGUCGUUUUCACAUCUGUUAGAAAAUGGGAUGGUAAGGGUUUCCGUUGGGUCUCUGGUGGUGAAUAUAUUCAAAUGUCUGGUAGAGCAGGUCGUAGAGGUUUAGAUGAUCGUGGUAUUGUUAUUAUGAUGAUUGACGAAAAAAUGGAACCCCAAGUGGCCAAGGGUAUGGUCAAAGGUCAAGCGGAUAGAUUAGAUUCUGCUUUCCAUUUGGGUUACAAUAUGAUUUUGAAUUUAAUGAGAGUUGAAGGUAUUUCCCCAGAGUUUAUGUUGGAAAGCUCAUUUUUCCAAUUUCAGAAUGCUGCUUCCGUUCCUAAAAUGGAACAAGAACUUCAACUUUUAACUCAUAAUUCAAAUUCUAUCAAAAUUGAAGACGAAUAUAAUGUUAAAGAAUACUAUGACCUCAAGAAACAACUUCAAGCUUAUGAUGAUGAUGUUCGUAAAGUCAUCACCCAUCCUGGUCAUAUAUUACCAUUUUUACAACCAGGUAGAGUUAUAAAAGUUAAGAUCGGUGAGCUUGACUACGGUUGGGGGAUGGUUACUUCGUUUACCAAGAGAACCAAUAAAAGGAACCCAACUCAAGAAUACACUGAUCAUGAAUCUUAUCUUGUCAAUGUUUUCGUUUACACGAUGUUCGUUGACUCUCCAGUAAAUCUUAUCAAACCCUUCAGUCCUAUGUUACCAGAAGGUAUAAGACCUUCUAAAGCAGGUGAAAAAUCAAGAGCUGAAUACAUUCCAAUUACUUUAGAUUCAAUUGAGAAGAUUAGUAGUGUAAGAUUAAGAGUUCCAGAAGAUAUUAAGAGUUCAAAUGCUAAAAGAACCUUGUUGAAAACUAUGAAAGACUUACCGAAAAGAUUACCAAAAGGUAUUCCAUUAAUGGAUGCAGUUGAAAGUAUGAAAAUUGAUGAUGACGAUUUCAAACUUUUAUUGAAGAAGAUUAACGUUUUACAAGAAAAAAUAACGAACAAUCCAUUGCAUGAUUCAGUUAAAUUGAAAGAGUCUUUUGAGUUAUAUUCUCAAAAGGUUGAAAUUGAACAAAAAAUCAAACUGUUGAAGGAAAAGAUUUUAGAAGCUCAAGCUGUUAUUCAAUUAGACGACUUAAGACAUAGAAAAAGAGUAUUGAGAAGAUUAGGUUUCACCACUCAAGAAGAUAUAAUAGAAUUAAAAGGUAGAGUUGCUUGUGAAAUUAGUACUGGGGAUGAAUUAUUAUUGACCGAGUUGAUUUUCAAUGGUACUUUCACUGACUUGAAUGCAGAACAAUGUGCUGCCUUAUUAUCUUGUUUUGUAUUCCAAGAAAGAGCUAAGGAAGUUCCAAGAUUAAAACCCGAGUUAGCUGAACCUUUGAAGUCAAUGCAAGAUAUGGCUAAUAGAAUUGCAAAAAUUUGCAAAGAAUGUAAAAUUGAAAUUGUCGAAAAAGAAUAUAUUGAAUCAUUUAGACCAGAAUUAAUGGAAGUUGUCCACGCUUGGUGUAAAGGUGCCAGUUUCACUCAAAUCUGUAAGAUGACUGAUGUUUACGAAGGUUCAUUAAUCAGAAUGUUUAAGAGAUUAGAAGAAAUGUUGAAACAAAUGGUUGUUGCUGCAAAAACCAUCGGUAAUUCUGAAUUAGAAGAAAAAAUGGAAAAGGCUACUGAAUUGGUCCACAGAGAUAUUGUUUCUGCCGGUUCCUUAUACUUAUAG